GAAGAAAAAACGAAAGGAAAAGGAAAGUUAUUGUGAGAGGGGAGGUCCACGGGACGGGGAGACGCAACGAAGCCCAGCGAUUCGAAUACUCGUCGUUUGUCUUUCGUCGUUCGUCGUUCGUCGUUGAAAUCCAUUGUUGAAGAGGAGGGACCUGGGAGCUGCUGUGGAGAUUAAAAUAAAUAGAUAGAAGGAAAGCGAAGGGGCUGCAGGCUUGACCUUGAGUUGAGAGAGAUGAUAACGCGAUCGAAUCUGGCAGAGCAGUUGAGAGAGUAUCAGAUUCGAUCGAAGCAUGACUGGGCCUCCGUCUCCUUCUUCUCCUCCACCUCUAAUCAUACUUUAUCAAGGGUGGAUGUUGUGCUCUUUGUAAUAUGGGAACUGGUAAUCCUAGCUUUCGUGGUUUUUUCAGCUGUUUCUUUAUAUUUUAGGCAUAUGCGACUUGCUUUUCUCUUACUAUGCAUAGCAAUGCUUUUGCUUUUGUGCAUAAAAAUUACCAAGCAAGUGAGAUUGGCAAGGAAAAAGAAACGAAGGAUGCUUCUUCCCUUAUCUAUGUAAUACUAGAUGAAGGUCACAUACUACCCAACCUUAUGGUGUAAAUCUUGAAAAUUAUUGGCCAAUUGCAUUUGGUCUAUAUCCUCUUUUUUGUUAUUGGAAUGUGUAAUCACACCUUCGAAAUAUUAGUAAAAAGCGGAUGUGAUUACUCUGUAAGAUGCUGAUCCGAGUGGCAGCAAGUUCAUUGAUCGAGAUAGGAAGAUUUAGUGAGUGGGGGGCUAUUACUACUGAGGCAUUGAUGAUUGAUGAUUGAUGAUGUUUGUUUUACUUAUAAACAAUACAAUGACUUGAGAAACAAA